AUGAGUAGUGACAUAAAGAAACAAAUGAAUGAUUUUCGUAAGGCUCAUUUUACAGUUGGGUUUGAUAAAUCCUCUGGCAGUACUAAUUACGUGGAUGAUUAUACUGCCAAAAAACCGGAUAAGGAAUUGCCAACUACUGAAGAAGCUAAGCACUUUGAAGCAUACAUAGCAAAUCCUCGAAAAGCCCAUUUUGAAUUAGGAGAAGACAAUGUCAAUUAUUAAUCUAUUGCAAAAUUAUCAUUUAAUCCAAAAGAAUCAUAAAAAGCACAACUGUCUGAAGAAACCUAGAAAGAUCUACGUAAUCAUCAUUUUAAAUUGGGAUUCCACAGUGUCCCAAGUGAAACUGAAUAUUCCCAAUAUAAGAAUCAGCCUUUGGAUAUCCAGAAGAAACAAUAAGUAAAUAUUCGUAAACAUCAUCACGACUUUGGAGAUCUGAAAACUUACUUCACAACAACAUAUCAAGACACAAACAAGGAAUAUCACGUUUAAAAGGAAGAAUAUCAUGCACCAGAUAUUCGCAAGACCAAUAUCAAUAUAGGAAAUAAUCCAAUGGAUUACACUACUCAUUACGCUCGAUAUCAUGAUGGGUAACAGAAUCCCCAAACCCACAACAAAGGAAAUCUGGAGAAAUUUCUUAAAGAGUCUCAUCUUGUCUUGGGUGAAGAUCCUACAGUCAAGAGUUCACAGAACAAAGAUGCCUUCCAAGGAUAAUAGAAUAAAGAAGUCAUUAGAGUCAAUAAAGAAGUUUUAUUAGAUUUAAGAACAGCUCAUUUUGAUUUUGCUUAUCAAAAAGCAGAAAUGCCUUAAACAACAAAAUAAUCAAUGUUCUAAAAAACAGCCAUUGCAGUAUCAUAACCAAACUUACCUACCAGUUCAUUGACCAUUGGUACUCAUGGAUUCUUGAAUGAUCGAUACUAUCAAACUAGUUAUGCUACUAAUUAUGCUAAUCCAAAUACUUAGAAACCAGAACUUGUCAAAGAUCCCAGAAUCACAGCUGUCAAAUUUGGAGAUGAACAAGUAGAUUAUAAUACUGAGAACAAUAGAAAUUACUAGAUACCAGAAAAAGUAGAUUAAUUUAAAUUGGAUAGAAAUUAGAUAAGAGAUUUAAGAUAACAUCAUUUUUAAUUGGGAACUGACCCUAUUGAAUAUCCAUCAAAAACUAGUCAAAUUACUCCACAACCUAAUGCUUUGAGUGAAGAUCAACUCAAAGAUUUAAGAAGAUAGCAUUUUGUUUAUGGAAGUUAGAUAGGAACAUACAAUACUCACAAUUCAGAAUAUGGCACUAGACAAGGUCCUCCUAAUAAGUUGGAUGCAUAACUAUAGAAGGACUUAAGAAUGCAUCAUUUUGAAGAAGAUGGAGAAAGAGGUUUUUAAACUUCCUACAGGGCCAUGCAGCCAACACAAUGA